AUGGCUUCCUCCAACAUUUCCACCGACCAGUUCUUGGCUGCUGCCAAGUUUCGCCGCACCGUUUACGCUUUGAAGCCUUCAUCGCCUGUUUCUGACAGCCGCAUCGAAGAGAUCCUUCAGAACGUUCUCUCAUUCUCUCCAUCGUCAUACAACACGCAGUCUGCUCGUGUCGUUCUUGUUCUCGGUGACAAGCACAAGAAGUUUUGGGACCUUGUUAUUGAGCACUCCAAGGAUAUUCUCCAAGGUGCUGGCGCCUGGGACGCCAUGUACCCUAGAUUCCAGGCGUUCCAGAACGCUUACGGCUCUGUCGUCUUCUUUGAGGCUGGCAACACCAUCAAGCAAGCGCAGGACACACACAAAGCAUCUGCACACAUGUUCCCUGAGUGGGCAGAGCAUUCCUCUGGUAUUGCUCAGAUCCUUGUUUGGACCGCGCUUGAACUUGAGGGCUUCGGUGCCAACUUGCAGCACAUGAAUGCUAUCCCACCAGUUGAGGCCGCCCUCAAGAAGUUCCUUGAGGUUCCUGAGGACUGGAAGCUGAAGGCCCACCUCAACUUCGGCGAGGAGGCCCAGCCGCACCCUGAGGUCCCCGCGAAACUCCCUUUCAGCGAGACUCUUAAGAUUGUCAAAUAA